AUGUCUUCCUCGGCGGUCUUGUUUGUAGGAAAUAUUCCCACAGUCACCAACGUCCAAUACCUUGAGCGUCUUUUUUCUGCCUAUGGCCACGUGAAACAAGUCAAGAUGCUCCAAGAGGGCCCUAGUCAGUACGCGGAGGUGACGUAUAGCGCCGUGGAUGACGCGGAUUGUGCCAUAGCCGCUCUUCAUUCUCGCUACUGCGCGUCAAAGAAUCUUCCUCUAGUGGUUAUGUACCACCGUAGCAGUCCGUCGGUUUCGGAAUACGGACGUGCGGUGGGCAAGGAGUACGCUGCGGCCUUUGCAGAGGACCGCGACCCUUUGCCCAUACCGCUAGAGGUCUUCGACGUGAACUUUGAGCGAACCGACGUCCCACCCCCACCCUCAGAGGCGGAAAUGUUUGAAGGAUCCAACUGGAAAAGCUAUAAUGGUGCUUCACACGAAGGAGGGGAAGCCGUUUAG